GCCUUUUUAGAGUUUCGGCAUAGUUCAGUUUCAUUUCAUUAACAUAUGUUUCUAUACACUGAUCCAUUGAUACACUGAUACACUGAACAUAGGCUAAGUUUAGCAGACACACAAAAUUCUUCAAUAUGAUUAAUAUAAAAAUAAACAAACCGAAGUACAGGAGCACAUAUUUGCCGCGGAAGAAUAGACCUUGCAAGCUUUACUACGAACGGGAGCGGUAUUGGGAAUACGAUUAUCUCAAAAACAAAUGCAAGGAGAUGAGAUUGGAAAAAUCAUAUCGUCUCUACCAAGUUCGCUUGAUGCUGAGUUAUUUGGGGGUAUUCUUUAUAGUGCACACUUUCAUCACACUCCUCGUUUGCCUUGUAAUCUUUACUCUUCCAGUGCAUCCUCCGUACGUUAAUAUGGAAAUCGCGUUCCAAGUAGUUUCGGCGUCUCUUGUCAUAGCGUGUCUGAGUGUUAAUUUCAUAGAGCACAUUGUGGUGCAUCAUUGUUGGUAUAUGGCAGCCUCAUCGGUUGUAGCAACAUUAAUAGCAACUUUUAGUGAUUUAGGGCAGUGCCUUAUUUUUAAGGAAUUCUACGGAUGGAACCUAUACAACUCAUACGACACUUACAUACUCUGCAUGAUCUACAUGUUCCUGCCAAUAAUUUCAAUAAAAAUUUGCCUUAUAUUGGGCGCUAUAGUAAGUUCCCUGUAUAUCGGGCAUUACUACUACAACCUGGGAGUAAGUUUAGAGACAGAAAAUUUCAAUAGGACUGUCGAUGUUACACACUUCUUUUGCUUUAACCUGCUGGGCGUAUUCUAUCGGAUGAUGAACGAUAUACUGGUGCGCUCCUCCUUCCUCGACCGCCAGCAGUACAUGAUAGAAGAGUUUUGGCUGCGAAAUGCUCGGAAACAGGAGGCAGCCCUUCUAAACACAAUUUUUCCGCCGCAGAUAGCCAAGUCUAUAUAUCGCUCCAUCAAGGAGAGAAUCAUUAACGCGAACCUAUUAAAUGAAAAGCAACAAGCCCGCAUCCAGCACUCAACUAUAAUGGCGAUCCAGAUGCACCCUGAUGUCAGUAUCCUUUACGCAGAUGUGGUCAACUACACCCAUCUGACAACCACACUUCCGGUGCAAGAGCUGGUGAACGUGCUGCACGAUCUCUACGGUAGAUUUGAUAUGGCGGCCAAUAUCUUCAAUGUUAUGAGGAUCAAGUUCUUGGGUGACUGCUAUUAUUGUGUAGCAGGUCUACAACAGCCGGACCCUCAGCACGCGAAAUUGGCCGUGUCCUUGGGUAUUUCAAUGAUAGCCAAUAUCAAAGAAGUACGCGAGGAACGAAACCUUGACAUCGAUAUGCGAAUAGGCGUCCACUCCGGCAAUCUAUUCGCCGGAGUUAUAGGUCAGGCUAAGCUGCAGUUUGAUAUAUGGGGAGUCGACGUGAAUAUAGCCAAUCAUUUGGAAGCUACCGGCGAGCCGGGUUACGUCCAUGUCAGUAGCAUUACAUUGGGCAACUUGGACUUAAGUGAAUAUAUCGUCCGUCCGGGAACUGCCAAAGCCCAACAGGAUCCCGUGCUUCAAAGAGUUCCUAUGAGAACAUAUCUUCUUACCGGUGCGCCCGAAAGGGACUCCGUCCGACGCUCCCAAUCUAUUGCGUUCAUAGGAUUCAAAUUAAGAGCUCGUAGUGGUCAACUUGAAAAAGACGAUAUCCCAAAAGACCUAAAGUUGUCGGAGACAUUAUCUGAAGAUUUUCAAAAGAUGCACACCGCCGGUCUCGAAUUUAGAUGCUGUCGCCGUAAUCGUAAGAAAGAUACAGUUUCCAAUAAUGGCGUCAAAUGGUGCUGUUGGGCCCUUCCGGCUUUCCAGGAUCGUCGUCUUGAAUUUAACUACACUUACAGGACGGACUACGUUCUCAAGUACUCCAUUUGCAUAUCCUAUAUAAUUGGAGUAGUCUUGGUCUAUAACCAGGCUACAGCUAACCGGACUAUUUGCAUUGCGUGCAUCUAUGUUGACAUCAUAUUGUUUCUAUUUAUGACCGGAAUGCUUUGCAUUGCUUGGUAUAAAAAAUUUUGCUUUUGGAAGUACCACGAGGAAAAGGUGUAUAGCAAAUUGAGCUGCUUGAUUUUCACUAUCUGGGAGAAGGUCCAGCACAGUGCAACAAAACGAAUCGCGGUUUACAUAUUUAUAUUGGGCAUAUUUUUUACAUAUUUGUCCCUAUCAGUGGUGAAUUGUGACCUGUAUAGGUAUCAGGUAUUUUUCAUAGAGAACACUCUGUUCAACUACGAAAGGGAUCAAGACAUGUGCUUUCGACCCUGGGUGUUCACAAACCUGAUGGCUCUAAUCAUUGGAUUGACCUUUACAUUCGCCCACAUUCCAUUCGGACUGAAGACCACAAUCGCGAUACUGGAAGUCUUUGCCUACAUGAUAAUACUAUAUUUUGAGUACUCCUUUAUAUUCCAUCACAGCAAAACAACGUAUGCAUUUCUUCCCUCGGAAUUCGCACAUGCCAUGCGCAUAAUAUUCGCCUUUAUAAGUUUUUAUAUCAAGGAACGAGAAGUCGAGUUUAACGCUAAGACAAACUUCAAAUUAAACAAUGACUUACGAAGAAAGCAACAAGAUGCCGACGUAACCAACCUAUCUAUAGUGACUCUUCUCAAAAAUAUUCUUCCAUCGCAUGUCGUCGAACUCUACCUGACACACUUGGAGAAGCACGAACUCUACCAUGAAAACUACGCAAUGGUUUCGGUGAUGUUCGCCUCGUUAAUUAACUUUAAAGUAAAUUUAAAAUCCUUACGAUUACUGAACGACCUAAUAUCAGAGUUUGACAAACUGUUGAACGUUUAUAAGGAAUACUACGUGGUUGAGAAGAUCAAGGUGGUUGGCUGCACUUACAUGGCUGCCUGUGGACUAGAUUUUAAUAUUGCCUCGUUAGGGAGUAAAGCAAAAAUGAACAUUCGUCCACCCAGCGAAUCGAAUGAAAACAGCAUGUUUGGAGGAGACAACCUCGAGCAGGUUGUCUUGGUCAUGGUUUACUUUGCAGUGGACCUGAUGCGAACCCUUUCCGAGUGCAAUAAAGCCUACGCUGCGAGCCCAUUUGAUGGCCACAUGAGCAACAACGGGAUCUGUAUCGGAAUCUCGAGUGGAGAAGUGAUGGCUGGAAUCGUAGGCGCCUCCCAACCGCACUACGACAUCUGGGGAAAUCCCGUCAACAUGGCUUCCCGAAUGCAGUCCACUGGUUUAAUUGGAAAAAUCCAGGUUACCGAAGAAUCCGCCAUUAUACUGCGUGAUUUUGGGAUCAGUUGUACAUUUCGUGGCAUGACCUAUGUGAAGGGAGUUAACGAAAUUCCCACUUAUUUCGUAGAUAUAGACUCCGAUUUGAACUUUGUUCGUGAAAUGGAUUUCAACCCUCGAAGAAGAAUGACGCUCUUCAAUAUAGAGACUGAUAGCGAUGCGGACAGCAAUUUACGGGAGUCAGUGUAAUCUUUAUACUUUUGCCAAAAUAUAUACGUAUUUCGACAAUAAAUUUUUUAAAUUGG